CAUAUCCGUCAAACGUUUUUUUCAGGAAGUUAUAAAGUACAACCCUUGUGGUUUUGCCCUCGCGUCUGUGCAGAUUACGCGUGUACAACCCCGUCGGAGGACGUUGUUGGACGCGCAUCUUUCUGGAGAGUUGAAAUGGGGACGAGAGAGCGACCCGCUGCGCUUUGACCCGACACUGCCAAGCAUGGGCGCGGUGUUGCACCAGGGACUUUACAGGGUCCCUCUCCGAAUGGGACUGCUGUCUCUCUGCGUUGGCACGGCGCUCUCUCUUUAUAGGGUCCCUCUCCGAAUGUUUGCUGGGAAGCUGAAGUCCUCGGAGCAGCUGGAUCUGGGCCCGUUAAAGCCCAACGCCAGCGGACUCUCCCUGGCCUCGGAGCCAGCGGGCCUGGGCAGCUUCGUGAACAUGAUUAAUAACCUACACGGCGACUCUGGGAGAGGUUAUUACAUGGAGAUGGUAAUCGGCACCCCAGGCCAGACGAUGAACAUACUGGUGGAUACGGGAAGCAGUAACUUCGCAGUUGCCGCGACGCCAAACCGCUACGUCACCACGUUCUUCGACCCUGCCAAAUCGAGCACCUAUGAGAGUGGUGACCAGACUGUGGCGGUCCGGUACACCCAAGGGAAGUGGCAGGGUGAGCUGGGCACAGAUGUCAUCACACUCCCUCAGGGCCCCAACGACACCAUCAGGAUCAACAUUGUUGCCAUCUUAACCUCUGAUGGCUUCUUUCUGCCUGGGAUCAACUGGCAGGGUAUCCUGGGCUUGGCAUACCCCUUACUGGCUCGGCCAGACGCAUCUGUAGAGCCCUUUUUUAACUCCGUCGUACAGCAGACAGGCAUUCCAGAUGUGUUCUCCCUCCAGAUGUGUGGAGCAGGGGUUCCUGCCCGUGCCUCAGGUGACACCACUGCUGGCAGCUUGAUUAUGGGAGGGGUGGAGCCCACGCUGUACCAGGGCUCAGUAUGGUACACACCUGUCCUGCACGAGUGGUACUACCAAGUGGAGGUCUUGAGACUCGACCUUGACGACCAGAAAUUAAACCUGGACUGCAGGGAGUACAACACCGAUAAAGCCAUUGUGGACAGUGGCACGACACUGCUCAGACUGCCUACGGUCGUCUUCGAUGCGGUGGUGGAGACCAUCACCCAGACAGCUCUGGUCCAUGACUUCUCUUCAGGCUUCUUCUCUGGGACCAAGCUGGCCUGCUGGUUGAAAGGAGAGUCUCCAUGGAGGUUGUUCCCCAGACUGUCACUCUACUUCAGGGCCACCAACUCCAGCCAGUCCUUCCGCCUCACCAUUCUUCCCCAGCUCUACAUCCAGCCCGUGAUGGACAUGGACGGCAUGUUGGACUGCUUCCGCUUUGGAAUCUCCUCCUCCACAAGCGGGCUGGUGAUCGGUGCCACUGUCAUGGAGGGCUUCUACGUCAUUUUUGACCGCAUGCACGUGCGGGUGGGCUUUGCGGUGAGCAGCUGUGCUGAGGUCGAGGGUGUGACCGUGGCGGAGAUCUCAGGUCCGUUUGCUGCAGAGGGCACGGCCUCAAGCUGCGUGGGCCGAGCCCUGCUGCAGGAGUCCCUGAUGUGGGUGCUGGCCUACACCCUGAUGGCUGUGUGCACCUUGGUGCUGCUGAUCCUUCUGGUGCUACUCCUGGUGCCUUGUAGGAGGCGCCACAGAGAUGGCGAGAUCACGGAUGAGUCCUCACUAGUACGCAAUCGCAUCAAAUGAUGCCCUCAGGCUGGGGUCCUGGGCAGACUGUGCCGUUCUGACUGAAAUCAGGUUGGGAUGUGGUGGUGGUGUUUGUUUUUUUAACAAGUUAGACACAAGAGGCAAGAAUUCAGUUUCAAUUGGUUACUUGAUCAUGUUCAAAACUGAAGUGAAUACUACUACUACUACUACUACUACUACUGAAGGGGGAAAUGGGUGUUUUCUUGAGCACUACAAAAGAUAUCUAACUGGAGGAAAAAUGUAUUGCUCAUUUGUAAUGGUAUUAUUCCUGUUAUAAUUUUACUGAAAGGCACUUCAGAGUGCAUAAAUUUAGAAUCUGAAAUGGACAGUUAAAAGGUAAUACACUGAUUUGAUUGUGUAAAAUAUAUAUAUAAUUUUUUUUUCCUUUGCUGUGGCAAUAGUUUAGUGUUUUUCAAACUUUGCCUGUGUUGAAUGUAGGUCAGAAUGUAUAGACAUCAGUUUGAAUGUUUGUUCUUUUAGCACAGCACUUAACCUCCAGUCAGUCUUUUUUUUAAUGGGGGGGCAGUGUGUAAUUUUGUAUAUUGACACUUGACUCUACCUUUUUGAUUGAUUGUACAAAACUAUACAAGAUUAUACAAGCACCUCUGAUUUAAAUACAAGAAUUGCAAUAUUUCCUCCCCCCAAAAUGGUUUCACUUCUAUUAGCCUGAAAGGCUCUAGCAUUUGUUUAUUAUAAAUUAGCAGUCCCCCCCCCCCCUUCUGGCAUUUAUUCAAGGUAAGGGAUGACCUUUUUGUUUGGGGCAGAGCCACCUGAUGGUGGGUGGUGGUAUUACAACUCGAUGCAAAGUAGAAAUGGACCCACAUUAUAAAGCUUUCAGUACAGAGGAAGAAUUAGGUUUCAUUUAUUGCUUAAAAGAUACAUUGAAGCAUAAAUCUUUUGUAAUUUAAAUGUAAUUCUUGUUUAGAGCAAGCAUUAGAUAUUUCACAUAACUUAUCAAUGCAAAAUACAACCACUACUGUCUAUAAAAGCCAGGAAGUGCAGAAUGUUUGCCAGGGCCACCUAGACUGGUUUUGUCCCCAAGCUCUUCCCACACCACCUCCAGUGCAUAGGUUUAUUCCCAAUACCUGCAAACAAGGUUCCUGGAUUAUUUUAAUGAUGUUUAACUUUCACCUUCAGGAUCUCAAAAAACAAACAAGGCACUGACCUCAGUACUUCACAUCAAACUCUAUCACUGUUUAAUAAGAGACACUCCCUCUGUGUAAUGUUUGUGUACAGAACUCUAUCAAAAUGUCAAGCCUGUGGGGAAAGUUCAAGGAAGUUUUUAUCUGCUCUGACCUGAUAGUUAUCAGUGUAUUAGAAUGAUGUGGUUUGGCCUGACGUAUAUAAAACUUGUCAUGAACUCUGA